CGGCGGCGAGGCCGGACUGACUUCCAUGAUGCUGAGAGGAGUUGCUCACGGUGCAAAAGACACAUUCACUCUUCUGUUGACAAGAUCGCCGAGCUGUAACCCAGGCCUGAAGUUUUCAUCAGCGUGGCCUGAUGUAGCAAACAGAGGCUUCCUGAUACAUUCCAGUUACACAACUGAUACCAAGUCAAGAGGGGAAAACAAAAAAACCCUCGAGAAUCUCUACAGUUUGUCAGUUGACAUCACGAAGAUACGCAGACUGAAGGAAUGGGUCCUUCUCCAGGACGUGGCCUAUGUUAAAGAAAUUGCUGGUAUCUUACAGGAGAUGGGAGCAGAUGAGACCACUGUAGCCAGCAUUAUAGAACGCUGCCCCGAGGCAGUUCUCCACACCCCAGCAGAGAUAAAUUCUCAAAGAGCUUUAUGGCAAUUAGUGUGCCAGAAUGAAAAACAGCUGAUUAAAUUAAUAGAGCAAUUUCCAGAGUCUUUUUUUACUACUGAGUAUCAGCAGAACCAGAAGGCAAACAUACUGUUUUUUCAAGAGCUGGGACUUAAGAAUAAUAUAAUCACCAGGUUCUUGACGAGUGCACCCAAUAUUUUCUAUAGUCCUGUUGAGAAAAACAAAAAUGUGAUAGAGACAUUACAAAGAAAUUAUUUAAAUUUGGGGGGUUCUGAAGCAAAUAUGAAGAUCUGGAUACUGAAGCUAUUGAGCCAAAAUCCAUUUAUUUUAUUAAAUACUUCCACUGCAAUCCAGGAGAACUUGGAAUUUCUCCAAAAGAAUGAUUUCACUGACCAGGAAGUUCUACAGCUGCUGUCCAAACUUAAAGGUUUCAUUUUUCAACUUAAUUCUACCACUAUGCAGAAGAGUAUGCUUUUCUCCAAAAACAUCUUCAAGUGCAGUGAUCAAGAACUAAAACAACUAGUGCUGAAAUGCCCGGCCCUUCUCUACUAUUCUGUUCCAGUUUUGGAAGAAAGACUUGAAGGACUGCUGAAGGAAGGAAUUUCUAUAGCACAGAUAAGAGAGACACCAAUGGUGCUGGAACUGACAACACAAAUCGUUCAGUACCGAAUUAAAAAGCUCUCUGCGUUGGGGUAUGAUAUAAAGAGUGGAAAUCUAGAAAGUUUGAAUGGUACUAAAAAAGACUUUGAAGUCACUUAUGGUAAGAUACAAUCAAAGAAGGAGAGACCAAUUUUUAAUCCUGUUGCUCCUCUACACAUUGAAGAUUAAUUUGAACGCUGUACUUCAAGUUAUGCAACAGCAAAUUAAAAGGGAAAUUAAUUCUUUGAAGAGAGGGAGCAAAAGCAAUCUUAAUCAAAACUGUAGUCUUACACUGUACUUUGUUCAGGAGGGGGGUCUUAGGUACAACUUCAUUAUACAAUCAUAGUAUUGUAAUACUUUAAAAUAUCAUCAUAGAAGUUACAGUUAUGAUAAAGGUUGCCUUUUUCUAAGAGUACCUCAGAUGUGACAUUUUCUUACCUGACAGGGCAUUAACUGCCUUAGAUUUUCAGCUCUGCCACUCACAGUCCAGUCUGUGGUAGUGAUUAGCACAGUUUUUAUCUGAGGAAGACAAAAGGAGGAUUAUUUUUCCAGCACUGUUCAUCAGUCGGCUGGUUCGCUGUCUUCAGGAAACACCCUUGGAGUUCUUUUCUUUAUUGCUGAAGUGGCUCUUGCUCCUGGAUCCUGACCUGCAACAAACUCCAUUUCUUGGACAGCAAAGCCCUGUCCUAACAGGGGCUGGACAUAAUAUUAUUUUAUUCAUUGAAACCCUAGUAUCUUUGUGUACAAACCAUAAUGCAAAGAAACUACAAGACGAUAACCUUUAUAUUUCCGAGACUUCAAAAUUUACUUAUUUUUUCAAAUUGUUUGUGAGAGGAAGAAAUACAUUUAUUGCUAUUGUAUAGUUCUUAAUCUCUUCUAGCAAGGUUUAGCAACAAGAAAGAUUAGGGAGAGACUCAAGUCUCAAAUGAUGGUAGGAGAAAAGUCAUGCUUUUCUACUAGGUGCAACAAAACUCUAGUCUGUAAACUACUGGUGGUUGAACAUGACUACCAGAUUUGCAAACAGCUGCAACAGUUUCUAAAUAUAUGGGUGACACUGCUUCUAAGAUAACACCAUAUGACAAUUGGUAACAAGUGCUGGCUUUCAAAAUAGCAACUAUCAGACAGCGUUUAAUUCUCAGGGGAUUUGAUUUCUUCUCAUUUAUGGGCUGUGAAUGAUAAUAUAAAACAGUAGCAUCACUGACAAUCAUCUCAAUAGGAUUAGGAUCAGUGAUUUUGUUUCGCAGACUUUCCUAAGCAGCUAUUCCACACACAUUCCCUCUUGACAGCCAGCUACACACCACCCUCCCUCCAGGCAUUCUUCAAGGUCAUUUUUAUCAGACAUUUUGGCAGCAAGUCUGGGCCUCCGUUUCUUAAAAUGCGGUUUGUAAUUGCUGAAGGAAGCUGGUAUUGAAUUACUGGUCUGGAGGGUGGGCUGCAAGAUGAUGCUUUUUUAUAGUCUGCCACGUUGUCUGCUGUACACUGGGGAGGGGCUGGGAACACCUGGUAGGAGCAGUGCAAAGAUGCCAACAGCUGAAGGUCUGACACCGAGCUCUCUGCAGGCAUUUCUGGGGGGAAAUGCCGCUCCCGCAGAGGCUCAAGAACGGGACACAUCACAGCACGAAGAAAGUCAGGCUGUGGUGCCAGGCUCUGUCUAUGCUGACUCUUUCAAAAUUCGUUGUUUUUUAAGAGGAAACUAGGAAGAUAGCUGUAUUAAAAAUUCACAGAACUUGC